AGAGAGAGUGAGUGGAAGGAGGGAGGAAGGGAAGGAGAGGCAGAAAAGAAAGCCGAGCUCUCUCUCUCUCUCUCUCUCUCUCUCUCUCUCUCUCUCUCUCUCUCUGUGUGUGUGUGUGUGUGUGUGCGCGCGCGCUUCUGUCUCUUUAUGGCCGGUGCUUUUAAAUACGAAAUGCACCUUAGGUGAGGCUUCCCUGCCAGAAGGGAGAUAAGAGAUCAGGACCAUCCUUCCUGCCUGGGCUCAUUCAACUGGCUGGGCUUUUUCCCCCCAUAGGAGGAGGGGCUAUAACCAGUGAGGAUUUGACAGAUACGAUGAAGACUGAAUGGAGAUGAAAGAAGGAUGUGGGAAGAACUGAGCAUGGCUCUUUGUGGCACUCAGUUGAUGGGGAGCGAGAUUCAUUGGGAAAGCACUUCCGUCUUUUAUCACGUCUUGUGACGGCGAAAUGGAAAAAUCCACCCUGCAUUUAAGAAUGUGUGACAAAAGAUUCACCAAAGCCUUGCAGUACUAGAAAAAAAAUGCAGAGGCCACUUCAUGGAGAAUAAAGGUUUCUGGAGAACCUCUCCACCAUUUGCUGUCUGAAGGUCCAUGUUUAGGUAGCCAACUGAAUAUUAAAAGCAUGUAUAUGUUGAAGCUUCACUUUCCCAAACUUAAAACGAAACAAGCAGGAUGAUAUUUAAGAACUCUUGGAGCCCAUUAGUUUAUCAGCAUAUUGCAAUGAAAACCAUUUGCUAGAUUGGCAACUUUUCACCUCUCCCCUCCUUGCUUACCUGAACCAAAGAGAGUCAAUAUUUAAAGUUUGCAAGCUGGUUUCCAAGACUAUUCUCGAAUCCACUUUAUGUACUUGUGUCUAUUUUUCUUUUUUAACCUCUGAACAUUUGACUUGAAAACCUUCUCCUGUACGAUUAUGGGCUCCAAGCAAGGAAUUGCACAGAUUCUCAUUCGUGGUAACGAUGUACUGUUUUCUAUUAAACCGUAUUGGUGACUUGGAGGCUGGGCUCCUCCGCUGCCAGUUCAUUGCAGAGACAAAGGCGGAUCUGACCCCAUCAUGGCGGAGAAGUGCAAUUACAUCGCGAGCGUGUACGGCUAUGACCUGGGCUGCCGUUUCAUCAACUUCAGGCCCCUGGGCUUUGGAGUGAACGGGCUUGUCCUCUCAGCAGUUGACAGCAAGAGCUGCCGCAAGGUGGCCGUGAAGAAGAUCGCGGUGAGCGAUGCUCAGAGCAUGAAGCACGCCUUCCGGGAGAUCAAGAUAAUCCGCCGGCUGGACCAUGACAACAUCGUAAAGGUCUACGAGGUGUUGGGGCCCAAAGGAGCUGAUCUCCAAGGGGAUCUGUUCAAAUUUAACAUGGUGUACAUCAUCCAGGAAUACAUGGAGACGGACCUGGCCCGUCUUCUGGAGCAAGGGCCUCUCUCUGAGGAACAUGCCAAACUUUUCAUGUACCAGUUGCUCAGAGGCCUGAAGUACAUCCAUUCAGCUAAUGUCUUGCAUAGGGACUUGAAGCCCGCCAACAUCUUCAUCAACACAGAGGAUCUGGUGCUGAAGAUCGGUGACUUUGGAUUAGCUAGGGUCGUGGACCAACAUUACUCACACAAGGGUUACCUCUCGGAAGGGCUGGUGACAAAAUGGUAUCGAUCGCCUCGCCUGCUGCUUUCCCCAAACAACUACACCAAAGCAAUUGACAUGUGGGCAGCUGGUUGCAUUCUAGCAGAGAUGCUGACAGGAAAGAUGCUUUUUGCUGGUAGGUCUUCAGUUCUUGCUGGAAGCCACGAGCUGGAGCAGAUGCAGCUCAUUUUGGAGACCAUCCCUGUUUUCCACGAAGAGGACAAGGAGGAACUGCUCAAAGUGAUGCCGACGUUCGUCAACAGCACCUGGGAAGUGAAGAAGCCGUUGCGGAAGCUCCUUCCUGAAGUGAACAGCAAAGCCAUCGAUUUUCUGGAGAAGAUUCUGACAUUCAAUCCCAUGGACCGGCUGACCGCAGAGAUGGGUUUGCAACACCCUUAUAUGAGUCCCUAUUACUGUCCUGAAGACGAGCCUGUUUCUCAGCACCCAUUCCGGAUUGAAGACGAGAUUGACGACAUUUUGCUGAUGGAAGCGAACCAAAGCCAGAUGUCCAACUGGGACAGGUACCAAGUGAGCUUAUCCUCGGAUUUGGAAUGGCGGCAAGAGAAGUGCCACGAUUUGGAGGAGGUGCAACGAGAUCCCAGAGCGGGAUCGGAAUCCAUUGCUGAGGAGGCUCAGGUGGACCCGCGCAAAUAUUCCCAGAGCAGCUCCGAGAGAUUUCUGGAGCAGUCGCAUUCCUCGAUGGACCGAGCGUUUGAGGGAGAUUACGGGCGGUCGUGUGAUUACAAAGUGGGGUCGCCUUCCUAUUUGGACAAGCUGUUGUGGAGGGACAACAAGCUCCAUCAUUAUUCAGAGCCCAAGCUCAUCUUAGACUUGUCUCACUGGAAAAGGGCAUCCAUUGCACCUACGGCGGAGAUUGCCUUGGAGGAGGAACCAUCCAACCUAUUCCUAGAGAUAGCACAGUGGGUUACAAGUACCCAGACAGGACUUGAAUGCCCAAAUCCUCUCCCAGAGAUCCAGGAGAGGAGCUUACCAUCUUCUCCUCACCAUCUCCACAAAGAACCCAAGGAGGUCGGCAGUGAAAGCGAUCCCCAGUUUGAUUUGGACGUCUUCAUUUCCAGGGCAUUAAAACUUUGCACAAAGCCAGAAGAUCUGCCUGACAACAAGCUCAAAGACAUCAACGGCGCAUGCCUAGCAGAACACCCUAGUGAGAUUGUACAGACGGAGGUGUACCAUAAAGAGAGGUGGUAAAAUAAUAUUAAUAAUAAUAAUAAUUAAACGUUGCUGCUGGUAUUCGUGGCUGAUUCCUUACAAAUUCUUCCAGUCUUCGUGCUAAUUACCCAAUGCUGAACAGUAACCAAGGUUUGAUCGAACGUGCUCAGUACCCAAUGUUACUGAAAUGCCUUUUUUGUUAAGGGCAGGUAGAAAACCAGGUCCCCUUCUGAUGCCUUGAACAGAAAAGGAGUCCAGAGGUGUGAAUGAAAUUUUAGGGGUUUUACGCUGCCUUAACAAUCUUGCCUUGUACCUCCAGGGGUGUGUUUUGGACAUGAGUCCCCCAUUGCGGAGGUGUUCUGGAUGUUAAACUCUUGAUCUUACAGAGAGAGGCUGAAUUGGCAUUAUUUUGAGAGUCAUAGGACUUGAAGCCCCUGCUCCUUUGAUAACCGGGCAGCCUGGUUUUUAGUGACCUCAUGAUUUACAUUGGUAUGACACUUUUCCUGAGAGCCCAGAGCAUUUAAAGGAAGGGCUGUAGCUCAUUGGUGGGACACCUGCUAGGCAUGCAGAGGGUCCCAUCUCCGGCACCACCAGGUAGGGCUAGUAAUGUCCCCCUCUAGACAAUACUGAGCUAGAUUGACUUGGCAGCUUCCAAGUUUCCUCUGUUCCACAAGGUUCCUCUCGUUCUAGCUUGGCCAGGUAGGCUGAUAGUACUCUCCUGAUAUUACAGCUAGACUUUGCUUCCUAGUUAAUUGGUGACUGAGCUGAGAGUCGGAAUGGGGAUCUCUGGCUUGUAGUUCAUGCUUGCAACCACCACACGAGCACACCCUCUUUGUCACACUUAACGAGUGGAAAGGUAGGGCUUCUCCUGAGACAUAUUUUACCAUCAUUCCUUGGAAACAAGACCACCGUACAGCUAAAUCAGUUUGAACAUCUUAACCUUAAGAACUUUAGGGCACAACGUUUAUUUGCUUACGCAUUGCUCUUUGUUGGAUCAGGGCAAUGGUGUCAAGAUGCUUGUCAGGCCUCUAACUUCCCCUUGCCCUUCACAUAGUACCCUUAAGUCCCCUGUUCUUCCCAGCUCUCAGUGUGUUUGCUUUUUGCUUUUUUUUUGCAGGGCGUGCGUGCCUCAUUUGUGUGUUUGUAUUUAUUUGUUUUGGGAGAUAUGUCUGUGUUCUGCCUGGGCUUUUUUGUGUACAUGCGCGCAGGGGGUUGAGCAUUGCCAGUUUGGAUUCUGGGUCUUUUAUAGUGCCCACAACACUUUCUUAAAUUUCCAAAUGUGCCCCUAGACCUCAAAAAGUUGAGGAACCCUCACCUAGGCUAUCAAUUUCCAGACUGUCAGUAUGCAUGUUUCAGAAGCAGGUGUAUCACCCCAAACAAGCAGGCUGUCCAGGCUGAAUACAGCGGUAAGAGAAAGGGACUAGGUGCUUAGGAGGAUAUUGCUGCACACAGUGGCUUGCUUGGAUUGAGGCCUUUAUGGCAUCCCUGAAGCACAGAACCGAGUCUAUCAGGCUUGCCCUAGUGUUUCUUAGGAGGCAUGGCAGCGGAGCCUGGCUGUUGGGAACCCCAGUUCAAGACCCCCUCCCCAAGCGCCUUACAAGCAUAGUGAAUUUAUUAUGCCGUUGCCUUAAAGCCCACCAGGAAGAGUUAAUGCCAAAGUCAGAUUUCAAAAGCCAAGCAAGGCAAGGAAAAAGACCAGAAAUUCUGAAAGUUGAAUCUGAAUUCUGAGGUGCCGUCAGAUGUUGGAACUUCUGUGGAAUUUAGUUUCACAUGUACCGUUAAACCAGGUGCUCAAAAUAAGUAGUGAAGCUGAGGGCUUAAAUGUUAAGUGAUGGUCUUUUGUGCACAGACUCUCCUGCAGAAAAAAACAACAACCCCCAAACAAAACCCCACCCAGAAAAAGAAUGCUAACAAAUCUGCGUGGUAUUCAGUUAAAUAAUUGCUCAAGCAGAAUUUCUUGCACUUGUGCAAUGGGACUCCCACACCCAAACUCUUCCCCUAAAUAUAUUCUGGGUUUUGCCCUAACUCCCUGGAGCAGAUAUGGGGAUGUGUAGGGUGAAGGCAGGGGGAAGAUGAUUACACAAAUUUGUGUAAAGUUGUUGAGGCCAAGGGUUGUAGGCCUUACAUCUUGAAAAUGACACUCACAAAAGUUUCCUGGGAUUAGCCAAGACUGAACUCCAGCUCUUCUGCCACAGUUGUUUUUGCACUGAAGUGUCCUUGGAAGGAAAAGGAGUCAGAUGAAAACUCAAAGAAGCUUUGUAAAUAAAUAAAAAUUACACACCAUGGAUCUGCUGUAGGCUCUAUUUUCAUUCACAUUUCUGAGCACCUUAUUAAUGAAUCGGUUGAGUUUGAUUUGUAUAUUGAAGAAAUGUUAUGAACUUCUAUGUAAUCUGCCUGUUCAUUUUUUUUUAAAAAAAGGAAAUACUGAAAAUGUGUAAUUAGCAUGCGCUUUUCUAAAAAAAUAAGAAGAAUUACCUUCUUUGUACCAUUUUGUUCACUGGAUUAUGUAAAUUUCUUCUGGGAAAUUCAUCCUGCUUAUUAUUUAACACUUGGAAAGCUGGUAUAUUACUUCUGCUGAGAUAGUUAUUUUUAUUAGCGGCAUUCAGAACGUGUGCAAGCUUUUGAGUACCACGGAGAUCUUUUUAAAUGUGCAUUGCAUUUUCAGCUGACAGAUCUCAAUAAAAGGCAUCUUCUA